AUGUUUGCAUCCUUUCUUGAGGUGCGUGUUCGCUGUCAAUGCCGUUUUGUGUGCCCUCGGCGCUAUCUCCGUGGCGUUGCCGCAAUGGAGUUUGUACGGCGGGAAUGCAGUAGCCGUUCCGUCGGCAAGAAUAGGCGUGUGGGGUGUGGCGGCGGUUUGGAGGACAUGGAAACACGCAUUAACGCCGUGUCGACGGUGCCGGGAGACUCGCUUUUCACUUUAGAAGGACUCUGCAACUACCGUGAGUCACAUUUACGGCCGCUGUUGAUACAGAAGCGCCAUGCUUUGCAGCAAAUGACAGAAAUCAAAACACGCUGUGAGGCGGUGGCACUUCGGUACGCCAAUUACUACGCCGCAGGGCUAUUUGUCUUGCUGACAGCACAGGCAGUGACACUCUUCUAUUGGGUGUACUUCCUUUUUGACUGGAAUCUCGUGGAGCCCAUGACGUACCUGCUUGGUUAUGGCGGGGUUUGGGUUGCCAUUGCCUGCUAUGCGACAACGCAGAGGGAUUUCACGUACGAGGCCUGUAUGGAGAUGAUCGCCGCGUAUUAUAUUUCCAGGUUGUACCGCCAGAACAAUUUUGACCUGCAGCUCUGGCAACGACUGACGGCAGAGGUGAGACUGCUGGAGGAACGACUGCGGGGUUUGGAAGGUUUCUGA